AGUUAAAAAUUCAUUGGAUCUGCCCAGUAUAUUAUGUCAGCUGCCAAUGACACCAAAUUCAACUCUGCAGUGUUCCUUCUCACUGGGAUACCUGGGCAGGAAGACGCCCAUAUCUGGAUCUCUAUCCUCUUCUGCUUAAUGUAUGUUAUUUCAAUAUUAGGAAAUUCAGUCAUUCUCUUCAUUAUAAAAACAGAUUCAAGCCUCCAUGAGCCCAUGUACAUUUUUCUUUCCAUGUUGGCCAUCACAGACCUUGGCAUAUCGAUAUCCACCAUGCCGACGAUACUGGGCAUAUACUUGUUUAACUCCAGGGAGAUCAGCUUCAAAGCCUGUUUUGCCCAGCUGUUCUUCAUCCACUCGCUUCAAUUCAUUGAAUCCUCCGUGCUCUUGCUGAUGGCCUUUGACCGCUUCAUCGCGAUCCGUGACCCGCUGAGAUAUGCCUCCAUCUUAACCCUGCCAAGAAUAGCCAGUAUGGGACUGGUGUUUGCACUAAGAGGUGUAGCUGUAAUAUUCCCAUUCCCAUUUCUACUGAAAAGGUUCCAAUACUGUGGAGCCAAUGUCCUCUCCCAUUCCUACUGCUUGCACCAAGAGGUCAUGAAGAUGGCUUGUUCAGAUAUCACAGUCAACAGCAUCUAUGGCUUGUUUGUUACACUCUUAACAGUGGGACUGGAUUCGCUGUUCAUAUUUCUCUCUUAUGUGGUGAUCCUCAAAACAGCGCUCAGCUUUGCGUCCAAUGCAGAGUGCCUCAGGGCACUGAACACCUGCAUCUCCCACCUCUGUGCUGUCCUGCUAUUCUAUUCACCAGAGAUUGGCUUGUCUGUGUUACACAGAUUUGGAAAGGGAUCAUCUUCCUUGCUUCAGAUUUUCCUGGGAUACAUCUCCUUGCUGGUCCCACCCCUGAUUAAUCCAGUUGUGUACAGCAUGAAAAGCAGACACCUGCGUGCAAGGAUAAUCAGGGCAUUCGUGAAAUGA